GGGUGGAGAUUUGUCAUUACUGUUUGUUUGUUUCGACUAAGACAAAUGCCUACCUAGGACUUCCUCGGUUUUAUAUCACUUCCAUUGAUUCACACAAUUCCCACAAAUCACUUCUCUCUUCCCCAACAUUACACAACUCACCGGAAAGUUGUUUGCCGGCCGGACGCAAUCCACUUCUCCGGCGCAAAACAUCUACUCUCUUCCUAGCUCCGGCAUAAUGGACCAAGACAAUUUUCAGUAUUCCUCCACUGACGACCACAGUAAACAACACUUGACAGCAGCUCUUCUGGCUAAGUUGAAGAGGAAGAAAAGAAAACUUGAAAGUGAACAGCUCGGAGCUCCUCAUCCAAAGCAGAUACGCGCUUACCAAAACUUCCUCAGAAAAUACGGUUCUUUACUUGCUGCUGAUGAUGAUGAUGAUGAUAUCCCCCAAGAGAAUGAACAUGAAACUACGACCGCCACCACGGAUUCUGGAGAAUGCAGCAAUGGCAUUACGGAUGAUACCGAUUAUGCCACCUCUUAUGAAACCAACCCAUGCCCGUCUAACUCGUAUGCGGGCAUGGGCUACGAUUGGCAAAACUCUUCCGAAAGCGGAUAUGUGUCUACACAACCAUAUUCGUAUACCGAUUACCUUAACUAUAAUAAUGGAGUAGAUUGUAGUAGCUCGGGGUAUGUGGAUGAGAGAACCGAAACGUCUUCGGGACAACAUGAACACGAUGAUGCGAGUCCCAGCAACUUUGUUCUCUCAUCUGGAAGAUGGGAAGUAGGCCAACGAGAAAGUGAAGAGAAGCUAACAAUUGACAAAGAGUUUGAGCACUACUUUGGCAUGCUUAUGCUACAAUGAUGUUUUUGAGACAGCUUGUGCAAUGUACAUUGUUCAGUCUGCUGUAUACAUGCAUUGUUUUGUGUUGUAAUAAAAACCAUCAAAACUCAGAAGCUCAAGCUUGUAAAGGGAGGGAGCACAUCUUUGUUUUUGCUUGGGAGGGAUGCCUCAACAUGAUGGUGGCUUAAUAGAGUAGAUUUUCCAUUCCAUAUUUUUUAAUACUAGGUUUCAAGCCCGUGCGAUGCACGGGCGGUAUGUAAUUUCUCUGAUAUUAAAUUUGAUUUGUUUUCGGAAUCAUAUAUAAGGUGACGCAAAAGCAAAAUAAUCCCAGUCUAAAUAUAGAGUUCGUUUGAUAAUACUAAUUUUG